CUCAAUUAUUCCCGACUAAGUCGAAAAAGGGAGCUAUAAAAGCCCAGGAAUCCGAAGCGAUCGUCACAGCACCCUCCACUGUUCGCUCAAGCAAGUUGAAUUCGAAAUUUCUACAAAACCCACUGUUCAAUUUGAUCAACAAUGGCUGCUAAUUUGAAGAUAGCAAUCCUUAUCGUAGCGCUGAUGCUCGUUGCUGUGGCCGUGGCGAAGAAAGCCAAGGUAGUCUAUGUUUACCACGCCGGAGGUUACGGUGGCGGUUACGGUGGCGGCUACGGAGGGUACAGCAGUGGUUAUGGUGGUUAUGGCGGUCAACGAAGCUACGGAGGCUACGGAGGAGGUUACAGCUCAGGACACGGAGGUUAUAGCUCGGGAUAUUCCGGUGGAUAUGGCUAUUAAUAAGGCAUCCCACAACGAUAACUUUUCGGCGAGCUCAAACAAUCCAACUUAAUUUAUACGUCUUACCGUUUUCUUUGUCCUGUCUAGCCAUACACGUAGCAAAAGAGUAUUACAGAAUUUUUAAUGGAA